AAAGAGAAAUCCCAAAGAAUACCUUCCAAUCCAAUCUCAAUACUUCGCUUUUACUGUUUGUGACCCCAAAUUUUUGUCUCAUCACCUACCACUGAUAACUCCACACCCACCACUCUCUCUCCUCUUUCUCUCUCCUUCACACAACCAUUUUUCACAGAUAUACUCUCACUUCCCUUAAAUUUAUAUCAUAAUUUUAAUUUUUUCCCCAAAUUAAUUUUUAUUUUCCCAUGUUCCUGUUCUUCCCACCUGAAAAAUACCACCUUUCUUGUUGCCAUUUCUGGGAUUUUAGGGUUUUUACUGUUGAUUAUUUUUCCCAACUAGUGUGGUGGGAGAAAGCUCCAUUUCAGCUUAGAUUUAAUCAAUUUUUGCCUUUUCCUGUCAUACCCAGAAAUUAUUUACAAUAAUAUAUAAUAAAUUUAACCUUCCCUUUUGUUUUAAGUUAGAGUUUUCUGAAAGUUCAUUCAGUUUUGUAUGAAGGUACUGUAGUUUUAAUGGUUGUCCCACUUAAUGGGCUUUGCAGAAUUUCUUGUUGGAGAUCCAAGUUGGGUUUUUUUUUGGUGUGAUUAAUUGGGUUUUGUGAUCUUAAUUUCACAUUUCAAUCUCAGGUAUUUUGGCUUCUGGAAAAUGGGUGAUCUUAAUGCUCAGUUAUCUAAAAAGGUUUUUUUCGGCUUAAAGGUCUGGGAAGUAAUUGGGAUUGUUGUUGGACUGUUCAUCAUUAUUAUAAUUGCCCUCAUACCUCUAUGCCUGCGCAAGAAAGCUAGGAGAGCUAAAGGAAAUAUACCCGUUACUCAAAUCCCUUCGGUAUCCAAAGAAAUUAAAGAAAUUCGGGUUGAGCACAUAGCAACGAAUGCUUAUGUUCCUAAUGAAGGGAACUUUAUGACACUCAAGGACAAAUUCAGUGACAGGGAAUCUGAUAAGGUGGCCGUCCAUGGAGAUUCGGGGAAAAUGAGAAACGGAGAUGUUAGCAGCCAGUCGGGAUCAUUUCAUCGUUUGGAAACAGGUGGUUCCAUAUCAGGGGAUGAAGGGGGCUCUGGGUCAUAUCUUAUGUACAAACCAUCUUCCUCUCAUCCAAUCACAGCUCCUUCUCCACUUUGUGGUCUGCCUGAAUUUUCGCAUCUGGGUUGGGGUCACUGGUUUACGUUAAGGGAUCUUGAGGUUGCAACAAACAGAUUUGCAAAGGAAAAUGUCAUUGGUGAAGGUGGAUAUGGAAUAGUAUACAAAGGAAGCUUGGUCAACGGUACCCCUGUAGCUAUAAAGAGAAUUCUUAAUAACCUAGGCCAAGCUGAGAAGGAAUUUAGAGUUGAAGUGGAAGCCAUUGGUCACGUUCGUCAUAAGAAUCUAGUCAGACUGUUGGGUUAUUGUGUUGAAGGAACUCACAGGAUGUUAGUGUAUGAGUAUGUUAAUAAUGGCAACUUAGAGCAAUGGCUUCAUGGUGCCAUGCGUCAACAUGGAUAUCUGACUUGGGAGGCCCGGAUGAAAGUGCUGCUUGGCACAGCCAAAGCUCUUGCCUAUUUGCACGAGGCAAUUGAGCCAAAAGUUGUACAUCGAGAUAUCAAGUCGAGCAAUAUUUUAAUUGAUGUAGAUUUCAACGCAAAGGUAUCUGAUUUUGGCCUUGCUAAACUUCUUGGUGCUGGGAAGAGUCAUGUAACAACUCGAGUUAUGGGAACAUUUGGAUAUGUGGCACCUGAGUACGCAAACACUGGACUUUUGAACGAGAAGAGUGAUGUCUAUAGCUUUGGGGUCUUGGUCUUGGAGGCAAUUACCGGAAGAGAUCCUGUGGAUUAUGGGCGUCCACAGCAGGAGGUAAAUUUGGUUGAUUGGCUUAAAAUGAUGGUGGGAAGCCGGCGGUCUGAGGAAGUUGUGGACCCAAAUAUUGAAGCAAAGCCGUCAACAAGGGUACUGAAGCGUGCUCUGCUCACUGCGCUGAGGUGCGUUGAUCCAGACUCUGACAAGAGACCCAAGAUGGGCCAGGUUGUUCGUAUGCUUGAAUCAGAGGAGUAUCCCAUACCUAGAGAGGAUUGCCGACACAGAAGGGCUCGGGCAAAUAGUGCAGAGAUUGAAUCCUCCCAGAGGGAUUUAUCGGACACAGACAAAAGUGAUAAUCCAGACUCGAAGUCAGAUGGAAGAAGGCUCCCACGAGCAUCAGGAUAAACUUGCACGCUAUUCAUGUAAGAGGAUCAUGAUGGGCUGAUUCCUGUGAUUUUGUCACUCAGAUGCUUCCGGCCAACAACCGGCACUGCCAUAUAUAUAUAAAAAAAUUUCUUCUGUUUCUUCUUAUCUCGAGCGCUGGUGGAGGGGAGUUCUACUGUAGAAGUCUGUCUAUUUUUUUGUCUGUAUCAUUUUUUCCCCUUGGCUUCUUAAUUUUUCUUCUUCUUUUUUUUUUUUUUUUAGUAUUAGGUAGACAUAUUAAUUUGUGUAUGAAAGUGGUACGGUGAGAAGUUAUGAACUCUUUUUUUUUGUUAUAAUUUAGAGAGGGGGGGGGGGGGGGAGGAGGGGUUGUACAGAAGUACAGUCAUUCUAAGCAAUUCAAAUUUGUUUUAUGUACUGUGCUUGUGCUUUUUCCAUUGAGAUUUGAGAUAUGAAUAUGAUAGUAUUAGAUACGAUUUCAUCAAUAGUGAUAAACUGAUGGUGUCAAGCCAA